CCUAAAUUGCAUAGUUCAUUCUAAGAAAUCAAGAUUUUAAGGAAAAAAUUGCUCUGUAUUUAUUCAGCAAUGGCUGGUUGGAUCGGAUGGUCCUGUUUCCUGGCGAUUUUGUUUUUGGCCUCAUCGACGAUUGCCAGCUCAGAAGGCCCAUUCAUAGUUGCACAUAAGAAAGUCAAGCUCACAAGGCUCAAAUCUGGCUCCGAACGUGUCUCUGUUUCCGUUGAUAUCUACAAUCAAGGAUACGCGACUGCAUAUGAUGUAACCCUUAAUGAUGGUGGUUGGACCCUAGACAUAUUUGAUAUUGUCUCUGGUAACACUUCAACGUCAUGGGAAAGGCUUGAGUCGGGGACUCUUCUGUCACAUUCGUUUGAGUUGGAAGCCAAAACCAAAACUAUGUUUUAUGGAGCACCAGCAGUUAUCACAUUCCGUGUCCCCACAAAGGCUGCUUUACAGGAAGCAUACUCAACUCCGAUCCUGCCCCUUGAUAUUCUAUCAGAUAGGCCUCCUGAGAAGAAGUUUGAGUGGGCUAAGAAGCUGUUGGUGAAAUACGGGCCCCUUAUCUCUGUGGUUUCUACGGUGGUUUUGUUUGUGUACCUGGUUGCAACUCCAUCAAAAUCCAGUGGUGCAAAGGGAAGCAAGAAGAAACGCUAAUGAGUAAAUUCAACUACUGUGCAACUGUCUUUCUUUGUCCAUGCGUGCGUUACAAGCAACACUGUUACAUCUUAACCCUUCUCUGUAGUGACCUGCUAAAUAUUUCUUUUACGUUUGUUUGUACAAUUCUGGACUAAUAGUUUAAGAAAGUUCUAAAUGUUAAGUUAUAUUAGACAUGAGAUGAACUGACUUCAUAGUCCGGCCUCCUUUUAAGCUAGGAUUUUACUUUUAGGAUCACCAACUUAGGUUGCUGCCUGGAAUCUGCAGAGUUUUCUUGUGUUUAAUUGUACUUUUCUUGAGCACUGCAAUUUAUAAAUUUUGAACUCCUUUCAUUCCAUCA